AUGAAUGAGUUUUACCAAGAAAAUAAUUUGCUUACUGUAACUUUUUUAUACAACGUAAACGCAAUAUUUUCAGAACUGAAAUAAUCAUUAAUCCGAACAUCAGUAUGCAUAUUCUUCAUAUUGUUCUCACACAUUUUCUAAGGUGCUGACAAGGAGAAUUUGUUUAACAAUCAAGAGCUGCGUUAGUUGGUGAUUAUUUCCUCUAACAUUAGUAUGCAUAUUCUCCACACUAUUCUCCAUACAUUUCCUGUUAAAGGUGCUGACAGAGAGAAUUUGUUCAACAAUCAAGAGCUUCUUUAGUUGCGGAUCUUUUCCUCUCUUCUCGUAACCUUCAUUUCUUGAUUCAGGGGUGAUAUUGUUGGGAGAAAUUAGAUGCUAGUCACUCUUAGGAUCUCGAGCAUUCAGGUGGAAAUGAAAAGUCUGCACUCUGAUGCUCCAUCAGCGAGCCACAGUGUACUGUAAAUUUAGCUAGGCCGUUACUUUAACGUACUAUGUAUAGGUUUCUUCGAGUACAUCCAGCCGUUUCUGAGUCAAUCAAGUAAAGAAAGUUUCUCACGACGUGUGCUAUCCAAUAACACAUGCAUGAUACGUAGACUGUCCAAUUACACAGUCCAAUUAUAAGCCUGACGCCCAUACUUUCCCACUAGAGCUCAAAUCCGGCUGAUGAUUGCCAAUCAUGUUCAAGAAUUUUGUAAUGGUUUUGAUCAGCCAAUGUAGAUUUAAAUUAUAAACAAAUUAUCAAAUUUUGUCAAGGCAUUUUUGUCAGCCAAUCUCUCUGUUGGUAAGAUUUUUUUAAUUAAUUAACGUUUCCAUCAAAGAUUUUUGAGUUCUUUUCAUAGUCUUUUGAAGUUUUAUCUCUUGGUUUUAUAUAACAUUAAAAGGAAAGACGCGAGCGCUCCUUGUGGAUCUUUGCAGGUCUCCUGGAAAGGAAGCGAUGAUAAUGGGAGGGAAUCAAAGCGUUUUCUUUUUUAACGUCCGUAUACAUUACUCACUAUUGCUGAACUUUACAGCUUACCAAAUGCUGAUCGAUAGCAUUAUCGACAUACUAAGGAGGUCCACUGGUAAUGAGAAUGAAAACGCGUUGAGUAGCCGGGCACUUUCCAUUUGGUGAAAUAACGCGGCUAUAGCGCGGAGCGUUUUGAAGACUUUUUCCUGCAAGUGAACUAUACCGAAAGGAGAUUCUAUACCAAUCAAGUAAUAAUACAAGUUGAAAUAUUAUAUUCCUUCAUCGCAAACAUGAUCAAUUCUCUUUUGCUGAACAGUGAAAGGACGUAUUAGGACGCGCGCGGGUCAAGCAAAUGUACCGCUGAGAAACACUCAUCAGAAAACUUUGUAACGUACGGAGACCAGUCUUCGCAAUCUUCAUUUAUCCAGAGGGGGCCACUUCAUGGGGAUCAGUGGUCGUCAACAUAGUAUAAAAGGGGAGGGGGGGGUACCACAGAAAAUUGAUUGUCAAUUAAGUGACAAUGAGAGGGGAAUCAUAAGAAUAUUAUAAAACCCGUCUGGGGGAUAUCAGGUAAAUUUUUACCGUGACACCGUGACCAAAAUCUUCCGAACUCCUCCCCCCACUCACCCCAGGUUGUAUACAAUGACCGGUCUCUAAACUGGGGAUACACAUUCAAGACGACUGCGUCAGUGAAUGUUUGGCAUGUAAAACGAUGGAUGGUUGGCAUGUGCACCCCAAUUUUUUUUUCCAUUUGUUUCAAUUCCGUCUUCCAGAGGACUUUGUGAUAGAAUGCUAACUGACACUUGACAUCAAAAACUUUGCCAUAACAACUGAAAAAUCAUGGGAUCGAGAAUUGUGACAAUGUCUGUUACGUAAACAAACUAUUAAUGUUUCAAAUUUGUUUAUAAAAUUUUGCCUAAUUUGUCUCAUCUCUUCCUUGCUUGCCUACUUUGUCUACGAUUCAGAGGAAUCAGCUGUUCCAUACUUAUGCUACAGACGCUAUGUGUAAGGCUGGAAUCCCUGUUCUUGAUAUUUACCCGUUGACCACUGCUUGGCCUGAAGGCACCCGUGAUUCCAUGCACUACAUUGAU